GCGGGGCCGAAAGCAAGGCGUUCCCGCCCGGGUGUCUGCCUAGGCGCCUCUCCUGCCCUCCCGUCUGCUUCCCGCGGCCUGAGCCGCCCUCAGCACCGCGUCUGCCUCACAACUGGCCCGGCCUGGUUCCCGGGCCUGAAAACGACAACGAGGCGGUCCCGAGCUCUCGGCGGCGCGGACCCUGCCUCGGUGCUGGCGCCGGAGUACUGGAGCCCUACUGGACCGGAUGCUAUGAGUUGCUAAAAGUGAGCCUGGCAUUUUAGCUGCCUUGGGGUGCUGAGAGGGAGUCCAAGAGCCAUGCCGGAUCUCCUACUACUGGGCCUUAUUGGGGCCCUGACUCUGCUGUUGCUGCUGACGCUGCUGGCCUUUGCUGGUUAUUCAGGACUGCUGACUGGGGUGACAGUGAGUGCUGGAUCACCCCCAAUCCGCAACAUAACUGUGGCCUACAAGUUCCAUGUGGGGUCCUAUGGUGACACUGGACAGCUUUUCACGGAGAGCUGCAGCAUCUCUCCCAAGCUCCGUUCCAUCGCCGUCUACUAUGACAACCCCCACACGGUGCCUCCUGAGAAGUGCCGCUGUGCAGUCGGCAGCAUCCUGAGUGAGGGGGAGGAGUCGCCCUCACCUGAGCUCAUCCACCUCUAUCAGAAAUUUGGCUUCAAGAUAUUCUCCUUUCCAGCACCUAGCCAUGUGGUAAUGGCUACCUUCCCUUACACCACCCCCAUAUCCAUCUGGCUGGCUGCCCGACGAGUCCAUCCUGCUUUGGAUACUUACAUCAAGGAGCGGAAGCUGUGUGCUCACCCUCGGCUGGAGAUCUACCAGCAAGACCAGAUCCAUUUCAUGUGCCCACUGGCACGGCAAGGAGAUUUCUACGUGCCAGAGGUGAAGGAGACGGAGCGGAAAUGCCGGGAGCUUGUGGAGGCCACAGACACCCAGACGGAUGGCACAGGAGCUGAUACAAGUGAUGCAAGUUCUGUCAGCCUGGAAGUUCGCCCUGGCAGCCGGGAGACUUCAGCCACCACACUUUCUCCUGGGGCAAGCAACCGUGGCUGGGAUGAUGGCGACAACCGCAGCGAGCACAGCUACAGUGAAUCGGGGGCCAGCGGCUCGUCCUUUGAGGAGCUGGACCUGGAGGGCGAGGGGCCCUUGGGGGAACCCCGACUGAACCCUGAAGCCAAGCUUUUAGGGGCUUCUCGGGAGCUCAGCACCCCUGAGAGGGGUGAGGAGUAGUGAGAAGCCUCAGCCCUCCUGUGGUGCAUUUGCUAAGGAACUGAGCAAACUCUCCAGCCCUCUUUUUCCUUAACCUGCCUAGCUGGGCUGGGAGUACCAGGAGCCUGAGUUCUCCUGCGCCAGCCUAAACCUUCCUCACUGCCCUUUUGGCUCCCAGGGCCGAAGGAGUCAGAGACUGUUAUCUGCACCAGCCUCCUGGGCUGCCGACUUUGCAGACUCUUACUGGAGCUUCCAGAACCCAGAAUAAAGUGAAUUACUUUCUUCUUUCA